AGAUUUUCGAACGAAUCCAUAAUCUCACUUUACGUAGGCUUUACGGCGCUAAUAUAACCUAAGUGUUCGAAUUUUGUCACUUUGCUGUACAAAUUAUUUUAAGAGAUUCCAUAGAUUUUGAAGCUUGAUCGUACAUAUAUUAUAUACGAAUUAAAGCCACAAAAUGUCGGAGCGUAAAGUUUUAAAUAAAUAUUACCCACCAGAUUUUGAUCCGUCGAAAAUCCCGCGUAUGAAAUUGGCGAGAAAUCGCCAAUACACUGUACGAUUAAUGGCACCGUUUAAUAUGCGAUGCAAAACAUGUGGUGAAUACAUCUAUAAGGGCAAGAAAUUUAAUGCGCGUAAAGAGGAUGUCGAAGGUGACGAUUAUCUGGGCAUACGCAUCUACAGGUUUUACAUUAAGUGCACUCGCUGUCUGCAAGAGAUAUCCUUUAAGACGGAUCCUAAGAACACAGAUUACGAGAUUGAAGCAGGUGCAACGAGAAAUUUCAUGGCACUGAAACUGGCUGAGGAACAAGCUCAAAGAGAGGAGGAUGAGGAGAAAGAAGAGGAAGCAACUAAUCCAAUGAAGCUUUUGGAAAAGAGAACGCUCCAGUCUAAACAGGAACUAGAACUAUUAGAAUCUUUGGAAGAAUUGAAGGAUUUAAAUCGUAGACAACAGACUAUAGAUUAUGAUCAAAUGUUGGAACAAUAUGAUACAGAGACUGCUAGACAGAGGACAGAAAAAGAACAAGAAGAAUUGGACGAACAAUAUAUUAAAUCUGUAUUUGGUAAAAGACAAUUGACUGGAACUGUUGUAGAAGAGAAAAUUGAAGAAGUGAAGGAAGAAGAAAAUGUUGAACCUGUUAGAAAAAUGUUUAAAACAGGAGAAACAAAUGAUGAAGAAAGAGAAGAUUCUGAACAUUCCUCGAAAUCUACAAAAGUAUCAUUGUGGUCGGAAAAUAUAGGAUUAUCAUUCAACAAGAAGGAUUUAGUCAAGAAAAGUAAUAUUGGUAUAAAGAUAAACGCAAAGUCAACACAAAAUAAAACGUCUACAAGCACUGUUCUCGUUGAUUCGCAAUUGGAUGAAACACCUAACAUGACAAGUACCUCAGAUACAGAUAUAGUCUCUAAAUCAACUAAUGUAAGUAACAGUUUGUCACUAUUAGGUGCAUAUUCGAGUAGUAGCGAUAGUGAUUAAAGAAGAAUAUAGAGCAAUAUGUGUAAUAUAUAAUACAUAUAUAUUUUUUUCAUGUAUAUAUUUUUAUUCAACGAAAUAAAUGUUGUUAUAUAAAAUAAACGAAUCUACAAAUAGCGCAUUUAUAAAUACGUUAAACAUCUCGAAAUAUAGUAAUAACUACAAAAUAUAUGUAAUUAUAUAAAAUUAUAUAUAAUUUAUAUAUAAUUUUAAAUAUGCUCUUAUAUGUCCAUCAGACAUAUAUAUGCACAUGUAAGUAAUUUAUUAAAUUUAAUAUGACUUGCAGGUCGAUACUUAUACGAUGUGUCGAUGAUUACAGAGUUUCUUAUAGGAUGCCGAAGGCUUUAGUCCUAAAACAUAAACGAUUAGAUUAUCA